AUGAAGAUCAAAGCACUUACUCGCUCGUCGAGCUCUCACCAGGCGCCUGGUAGCGAUGUCGCCCGACAGCCGCGGAACCUGGAUCCCGCUUUACAUCCUUUUGAACGGGCUCGAGAGUACACAAGAGCCCUGAAUGCCACGAAAUUGGAUCGCAUGUUCGCUGCGCCUUUCGUUGCACAAUUAGGAAGAGGGCAUGUGGACGGAGUUUAUACCCUUGCGAAAGAUCCGAAAUCGUUGGACCGCUUCGCCAGUGGCAGUGGUGAUGGUGUUCUCAAGGUGUGGGAUCUGCCCAGCAGGGACGAAGUCUGGCAGACACAGGCGCACGAGAACAUGGUCAAGGGGAUGUGCUGGACACGGGAUAGGCAAUUGUUGAGCUGUGGAACGGAUCGGACUGUCAAGCUCUACGAUCCAUACAAUACACCUGCCAACAGCAAGCCCGCUGCAACAUGGCUCGGCGCGAACGCUUUCACGGCUCUCAGUCUUCAUCGCAACGAACCUGCGUUUGCCGCUGCAUCCUCCUCUGCAAUUCAGAUCUACGACCUCUCUCGGCCGUCCACCACGCCCACGCAGACUCUAGCCUGGCCUACCAGCAUCGACACAAUCAAUGCUCUGGCAUUCAAUCAGUCUGAAACCUCUCUUUUAGCUUCUUGCGCAACGGAUCGUUCGCUUGUGCUCUACGAUUUGCGCACAUCAUCACCACUUCACAGAAGCAUCAUGACCAUGUCCAGCAACAGCGUGGCAUGGAACCCAAUUGAGCCGUUCAAUCUUGCAGUCGCAAACGAGGAUCACAACAUUUACAUGUUCGAUACGAGAAAUCUCAGCAGAGCAUUGAAUGUGCUCAAGGACCACGUUUCUGCGGUCAUGUGUGUUGAUUUCAGUCCAACCGGUCAGGAACUCGUCUCUGCAUCCUACGACCGCAGCAUCCGCAUCUGGACACCGCUAAAGUCGGGCCACAGCCGCGACAUAUAUCACACCAAACGCAUGCAGCGUGUCUUUUCUUGCACAUUCACUGGCGAUUCCACCUACCUUCUCUCGGGAUCAGAUGAUGGCAACAUUCGUCUGUGGCGUGCCAAUGCCAGUGAACGUAGCGGCAUCAAGUCUGCUCGUGAACGACAAAAGCUCGAGUACGACGAGGCUUUACGAGAGCGGUGGAAGCACAUGCCUGAGAUUCGUAGAAUAGCAAGACAUCGACAUGUGCCCAAGGUCGUGAAGAAGGCGGGAGAGAUCAAGGGCGAGGAGCUGAAAUCAUUGAAACGACGAGAGGAGAACGAGCGCAAGCACUCCAAAAAGGGUUUGAAGAAGCGCAGGAGCGAGAGGGAGAAGAUGGUUCUGGCGACGGAACAAUAA